ACUCAUUUGUUCUUUUUUUAAUAUAAAAUACUGAUUCAUCUUUUUUUUUGGUCAUUAAAAGCGAAUGAUCUCGGGUUUAUCUCCAUUCUCGGUAAUUGAUGUUACCCGAUUUCAACGUGAGUAAUUUUUCUCAUUGUUUACCUUCGAAGUAAGCUUUCAUUGAGUUAGAUAAAUGAAAUAACUGGUUAAGGAUAGCGUUAUUAAGAAGUAGAAAUAGUGUUCAUUUUUAUAUAUGCACUGGUCAUGCCUUUAUAAUUAUUUGAAAUUGACUAAAGACUGUUUUAGUCUAAAGUAGUAGUAAAGUACUGUAAAGAGUAAAGAAUGGUCAUGGAAAUUGAUUGUAUUUAAAUAAUAAUUUAAUAUAAUUAAUAAUUAUAAUAAUAUAAUAAAUAAAAUAUAACAUAAUUUAUUACCUUCACUAUUAUUGGUAAAUUUUAAGGACGAAUGCCACGUUUUUAUCGAACUUUACGAAUGUAUCCCUAAAUCGAUCCCUAUCCCUAACCCUAAAUCGAUCCCUAAGCCUAACCUGAACCAUCAAUUUCAAUCGAUCCCUCAACCUAACCUAAACCCUAAUUCACUGCAACUAUAAUAAACACACAAAUGACGCCGUGGCUUCCCUCCUUAACAUCAAUAAAUUUAUUUAAAAGUUAAACAUUUAACUGAAAAUAGUGUCCUCAGUGUCUAGAGCAGAGCCUACAGAGUAGACAACUGAAAACUUGACAUAUCUCUCUCUCUAAAUACCCUAAAUAAUAAUCAAAAUGUAUCAUACAGUAAUUGAUUUUUACUAGUGCAAUUUUUGUGAUUCUAUAAUUAAUAAAAAAGAUAGAUGUAUCCCUAAACCUAACCUAAACCCUAACUAAACUUAUCCCUAACCUGGGUUUUGACCCUAUCGGAACCAGGGUUUUGACCCUAUCGGCAUCAGAACCAGGGUUUUGACCCUAUCAGAAAUGGUGUCAGGGUGCUAUCUCUCCAAAUUAGCCAAAAGACAAAAGAUAUUAAUUUCUUCUAUUUAUAAGUUAUAAGAUGUUGAUCACUGUUUCUCUGAUUCACUGUUCAAAACUUCAAUGUCAACUAACGUAACAAAGCUGUCAACAAAUAAACAAUAUAGGCUAGGUUAAGUAGGUUAAUCUUUAAUAAUGGUUAAUUUUUUUUUUAGAUAUUUGGUGGGUGAUGCCAUAUUAUUUCAUGGUGGAUGGCACUUUUUGGUGUCACUUAGUCUUUAGUUGUUUUUUUUCCUCUCUUAUAGUUAUAGCCUGUCAUUUUCAGUGAAACAAAACUUAUAACUAAAAUGUCUUAAUUUACAGUACAGGUAUAUCCAUAUGACAAAAUGUUUCUAAAGCCAUUUCGCAUUAAGACUAAAACCUCAAUUAAAAGCUCUGAUAGGUAAGAACUUUUUUAAUAUUUAAUAUCUUAAAUAUUUUUUUCAUAUUAAACGUAAUGAUUUACCAUUGAUUCAACAAACAAUUUAAAGUACUUAAUUAGCCUUUCUCCUAUAUUAUUUACAGGCCCAUGCCAUUUUAGUUUAUUAUUUAGCAAGACAGCAUAUUUAUUUUCUUAUUUUAAACUAAUAGCUACAUCAAACGUGCUUCAACACAUUCACUUACACUCUAUAAAUGUUUCAAAUGUAGGAAAAAAAUGAGGGCUGACAUUUUACACCAGUACCCAAGUCUGAGUGAAAGUGAUGUACUGAAACUGGUUCCACACAAAGAAGAUAUGAGCCAUAUCAAAAUCAACACUCAUGGAGAUGAGAAUAUUGCUGUGUAUUCUGUUGGAAAAAAUCCAAUAUUUUAUGAACAUUUCAAAACAUUGUAUCCCACGGGUGUGUAACAAAAAUAUAUAUUUAGAAAACUUUAAAACUUAAAACUAUAACCUGCUUCAAAAAAGACUGUUUAAACUGUUUAGUGAAAUGAUUAAGUUGUAGACAUAGUGUUUGUUAGUUGCAUUACAUAUUUAAAUAAUUUAAAUAUUACCAAUGCCUUUUUCGAGUAUUUAAUAAUUUUUCUAUCAUUAUUUUUUUGUGUCAAUAUUUUUAGCUUACAGUUAAUCAGAAAAUGUAACGUCUCAAACUUACAUUAUCUUAUCCUUGCAAACCUAGCUCAUGAUUACCAAGAAGCCCUGUCUGAGAAGUGCUCUAUUUUUAGAAGAUGUUUUCAGUAUUGUUAACUGUUAUAUGUGUUUAUGCAAUUAUAAUUUCCUCAAGAUAUAUUUUGUUUUUAUUACUUUACAGUGUACACCCUUUGGCUGCAUCCUGACAUUGUUCCUGCUUUCCGUACUUGGCCUCCGGUUUUUGAAAAACUUCAGAAGGGUGCUGGUAAGUGUACUGUAUGUUUAAUGAAUAGGUUGAAAUGUUAUUUCCAAAACUCAUACACCCAGGAGUAAAUCUUCUAUGUACAUAACUUUUGGUUCCAGUCUUAUUGCUCCAUGCUGCAGCAGUUUGAAUAAUUUAGGGUUCUCAAAGGGGAAAUUUGUACAAAUUGAAGUUGGUAAAUAAUGAAUAAUAAUUUCUAUGAGACAGUUUAUUUAUUGCUGCUUUAUCUUCAGAUCUGAUGCUCCCUGGUGUAGUGCCAGACAAUGAACCCUCUCCAAAGAUGUUUGGAAAUUUACAAAAAGGAGACAUUGUGAGCAUAAAAAUAGCUGGUAACAAGUGAGUUGUCUCGAGCUUGGCUUCAAAAUUGUACUUUCUCUAAAACUGUCAGGCCAAUUCCUCCUCCAGAUUUUUUUUUGUUAUGCAACUUUCUUUGUGAAUAAAUAAUUUAUGGAAAUUUCCAAAGUUCAGAUGAAUGGCAUAGUAUAUAUCAAUUCAUGCUGAUUUGAUUUUCAAAGUAAAAUUAAGGUUUAUUCAAAUUUAGGAUUAAAAUUAAAAUAAAUCUUCAUCUUGUUAAUGGGUCCGAAAUGUUCUAUUUAUAGCAUCCAUUAAAAUUGUGUUCUUUCAGCAUGUGAUAAAAAUUAUGAAUAGACCAAUAUUUCUCUGAAUCUAGAACCUGGAGCUCACAAAGCUUAAAUUUUUUUUUAAUGUUCUGUUCUUAUGUUGAGAUGAAUAGAGCAGUUGCGAAUUAUAAAGCAUUUUCAAUUUUUUUCAAGUCUAAUAUAUCAAUGGGCAAGGAUAUUGAAAUAAUAAAAAUCUUAAGACGCAGUUCACAAACACAAUGUGUUGCUUUUUAACAGAAAUUUGUAGAAACUUCUUAAUACAUUUAGGAAAGAAGCCUUCUUGUAACCUUUUUACAACCAAUCGCAGCGGACUUACUUUUCAUCUCUUUCUUUUCCUAUUGCCUACAUUAACUCUCUUACCCACUAAAAGUCUGUCACAUUCCUCCCGCCUCCUCUCGGAUACUACAUUUCAGCUAGGUGUUUGUUUUCAUUUUUAUCUUUGUGUCACUCAUUUUUUUGCUGAAGAAGGCUUCUUGCCUUCACGUUUGUUGUUUUGUUGAGUCCCUUUUUCAGGUUUUCCCAUACCUUGUUUGACAUAUAUUUCCUUCUACCUAACCUUAUUGCAGUCUCUCCCCACCUGCUAUCAUUAAUACAUUAGUUAGCCUUUAUAGACAAUCUGUGUUCAGCAAUACAUGGAUCAUAACAAAAAGUUAUUUUCAAAAAUUAUCUAUGAUAUCAUUACAUGUGACCUAUGGUUAUUGUAUUGUAGGUUAAAUUUUAUUUUAACUGCUACUGACAACCUGGCCCUAGACUUAUUGUCCAUUUUUUUUUUUAGAUUUUCACUUAAAUACAUGUAUGUGUUUAAGUUGAAGAGAGGUCUUGUAGCAUAAAUGCUCAUUGGUAUUUAUUUGAAGAGAGGUCUAAUUUUCCCACAGGUCUCCUGUUGCCCUGGGUAAGGCACUGCUCAGUGGUGAGGACAUGUAUAUGUCAGCUAUGAGAGGAAAAGGUGUGGCGGUGCUGCACAUGCUGGGAGAUGUUUUAUGGUACAGGCUUUUUUAUCUUUUCUUUGAGUUUUAUUUCUUCACUGUUUCUAAAGUUAUUCAGUUUUGGUAGCAGAGAGUUUCAUUUGUCUUUAUAAUUGAAUAAAUUAUCAGUGGGACCUGUUUUCAGUUGAUCCGUAAUCCGUAUUUCAUUUUCAGUCCCACGUUCUUCACCUAUGUUUUCUCUUUUGCUUUAAAUAGUGUACACAUUUCAAUUUUGGUACAAAUUUGUUUACCAACGUUUGAACAUUUUGUUGAUCUUUUAGUGCUAACGCCUUUUUAGGUGCUAUUAAUUGUAUUGUAAAAAUGAGUCUUAAUUUGUAGUUUCCAUCAUAGAAAUGUGUCUCUGUAUGCUUAUAAUUGUUCGGCAACAUACUUUUACAUUAAACUGUUUGAUAGUAAAGGCAGAGUACAGGUUUACAUUAAACUGUUUGAUAGUAAAGACAGAGUACAGGUACAUUAUACUGUUUGAUAGUUAAGAAAUGAAAAAUUCCACAUAGUUUAAGAAAAGUGGUUAAAGAAUUGAUGUAAUCCUUAUUUUAGGGAGAUUGGAGACAAAUCAAAGCCACCUGUUGUACCUGAACCCCUGCCUAACACAGUGACUGAUGAAAGCAGUGAAGGAGAUAGCUGUGAAACUUUUGCUAAGGGCCCUGAUGAGCUAGUCCCAAACAAAGAGAGGGAUGGGGAAAGCAGUGAUCUGAAUAUAGAAAAUCUUCAGGUUUGUGGUAUAUCUUAAUUCAGGCCUUCGAACGUGUUGUUCAAAUGCGGACAGGAGUGGAGGUACAGGUCUUGCGGAUGUCAGCAAGGUAGAUUUUUUUUGCCCAUUCUGUGUAUUCAACAAAAAUUAUAGAUAUGUUUUUUUUUGCCCAUUCUGUGUAUUGAUACAACAAAGAGGCUGAUGUCUGCAUUUGUGCUAUCACGCAUGGACUAUUCCAAUGCUCUCAUGGUGGGUCUUCCAGCUACGCUCCUGGAUAAAAUUCAAAUAGCACAGAAUAAUGCGGCUCGCAUAGUUCUCCGCAAACGCAAAUUCGACCAUGCAAAAACACUUCUGAGAGAGUUGCAUUGGCUGCCGGUGCGUGCUCGCAUAGAGUACAAAAUCGCAACUUUGUGCUACCGCUGCUUACAUGACCUGGCGCCGUCCUAUCUGAAAGAGCUGCUGACGCCUUAUGUACCCAGUAGAGAGCUCCGCUCAUCCGAUAGUGGCAAACUCUCGACACCACGUGUUUGCCUUGAGACUUACGGAAAGCGCACUUUCGCAUUUGCUGGUCCAACAAUUUGGAUUGGAACGCCCUUCCUGUCGAUCUUAGAAACAACCAGACACUGGAGUCCUUUAAAACAGAUCUAAAGACACAUCUAUUUCGCAAAUACCUUCUGGGAUGAUUGUCUACCUUAUUUUCCAUGUGUUGCUGUGUUGCUCCGGGUUGAAAUGGGUAGAAAGACUUUGAGAUUGUAUGCUUGUAAUUAGUUUUUGUAGUGUUGUGUUUGUUUUAAAUGUGGUGAAUUAUAGAUAUGUUUUUUGUUGACUUUGUACCGAGCUUCGAGCCUUUGGGGAUGAAGCGUGUUUUUUUAAAUGAACUUUAUUAUUAUUAUUAUUAUUAUUAUUCCUAUAUGGUUGAUCUAUUUGAAUAAGUUGAAACAAAUUAUAAUCAUAAACCACUUAGCUUUUAGUGAAAAUUUCAUAAGGGAAAUCACUCUAAAUAUUUGGUUGCCAUUUAUCAACACAUGUCAACAAUGCAAGUUUUUUCUUCAGAUGACAUUUAUGGAAUGAUUUAUAUUAGGGGCCAUCUGUACAUUACAAUGCAUCAAGUAAAAUAUUAGACCCCCUUCCCAUUUUGCAUUCAUACUAUUUUGUGCACCACCCCUCCCUCACUAUGCAUACCUAAAUUAAGCUCUCAGCCCCUAAUAUAAAUCAUUCCAUAAAUGUCAUCUGAAGAAAAAACUUGCAUUGUUGACAUGNAAUUAAGCUCUCAGCCCCCCCCCCCCCUCAAAAGUACUGCUCAAUCAUUAUUUCAUACAUGCAACUAAACGAAGUCAACAUAUUCCAGUGUUACCUAACUUGUAGCGUAACCACCCCCCAGGGGGCCAAUUUGUAGAUAUAAUAGCAUGUUUAAUAGUCUAUUGGACAAGUUGCGACAGAAAUGGUAAGGGGGGGGGGGGUGCAGAAGCAGUCUGCUCUGGACAGCACUUAUAUGAAAGAGUGAGAGGUUGGGUUUAUUAAAAUAUAUUUAAAAUAUUAUUCUUUGGUUUAUAAACUUGGUAUCAAAUGAAAGAUAAUUGAAAGGACUAUAUGUUUGUAAACUUAUUUCUCCAGUUGAAAUAAAAUAAGUUACAGAAAAGAACCAUAAAAUGUGAAAACAUUUUUUGCUAAACCAUUUUUUCCCCGAAGCCUAUGAUGUACACAUACCUCAUCUUCACUUUUAUAACUCAAGUCCUCUAAAACUACUACUAUCAGAAUCAUUCGAUGUAUCUAAAUAUAAAUCAUCUUCACUAUCAAAAGGAAUAGUAUAAAACUAUUCCAAAGCUUUUGGAGCUGUUAAAUCGUCCAGGAAACUUAUUCACCUACUAGGGCCUAUAGUAGCCAAAGCAACAGUAGAAAAAAAGCUAAGAAAAUCAUUAAAAUAAUGCUUCAAAUGACAACAAAUAAACCUUGGUUUUGCUUAUAAACAAUGAAAUACCACUCUCCUAUGUAAAAAUCUAUUUUAAAAAUAGCUUUUAAAAAGUUUAACAGAGAAAUAGCAAAGAAACAAACAUGAUAUUGAAACAAUGCACAGCGCGUUGGUCAGUGCUUUUGAGAACGGCGGAAGAAGGCAGUGUGCGUUGCUCCACAUCGAAAGAGUUAGACUGGGGUGGGGGGGAGAGAUCAUGUUAAAACAUGAAGUUAACAACCUUUUUGUUUUGCCUUAUAUUGCUUUACAAAUUUAUUUCACUCAUUUUUGUUAGAUUUAUUUGUACAACUGUGAAUCUUAAGGCCUAAGUGGCAGCAAAAUUGAAAUUAAAUUUUCUUUAAAGUAGUAUUAAGACUGCUUUUUUUUCCUACUUCCCACAAAUGGGGAGGGAGGGUGGCUUUAAAAUAUUUUAGGUGAUCAGUUAGUGCUUGGGGUUCAUAAACAACUUGGGAAGCAGUGGCAUAACCAUGUUGAAAUAAUGUGUGGUGGGCGCAACCCCCCCCCCCACACACACACCCACAUAUUCAGCCUAACUAAAUGAUUAUCACACAAAAUGAGUACUAAUAACAAAAUAUCCUGGAUUUCACAGAUUUUUGGGUGACGGUUUUAUUAGAGAUAUUAGUGAGUUUCAGAAAUUUAGGAUAAUAUUGAAAUUUACCUAAUUUCUGCAGACCCGCCCCUCCCCCCCUCCCUAUCCACCACCACCCUAUGCACCAGUAUUUAUAAUCUCCAAAAUCAACAACCCUAUCCCACACAGUGUGCACUUAAUCAGCAGAUGGACCAAUGUCAUACUGAUUUACAAGUUGAAAUCUACUGACUCUUUUCUGUUUCAAUCCUUAUAUUUGCCUGAUAAAUUUCCAUAAAGUUUUUUUGUGCUGACGUUUUUUAUGGACAACCCAUAUUAUUCCUCUAAUUUUUAAGUAGAAAUAUGUUUCUUUUAUAGAUGGGGCACUGCAUCAAUUGUUUAAAAAUGGGCUAAUUUUUGUUUGGGGGGGAGGGGGGUUCACGUAGAUCGACAUGUAAUGUAAACUCCAAAAUAAAUUAUUAAUAAUUAUUUUAUUCAACUAGUUAGAACAAAAUUAGGCAAACAGAAUGAACUACAUGAGUGUAGUUCAAAAAUGUGUAGAAAUUUUAAUUAAAUUACAAAAAUUUCUUACAUUAAAAAUGUAAAAAAAACUCAUUGUUUGUGUAAGUAUCGUGGAAAUGUCGCCUCCGAAAUAGCACUCAACACUUAUGUCCAAAUAUUUUAUAGAGUUUAAAAAAAACUUCAGGACUUUUAAAAAUAAGGUUAUACCCAAUAAUUUUGCCAGUCAGGUGAUAUUUAUUUAACUAAGAUAUGUUACUACGGCAAGCAUAAUUUACAGAUGAAAAUCAUUUGAAAGCAUUUUUGACAAAAUUGCUAUUGGUGAGUGUAAGAAACUGAAAAUGUUUAGCGUAGGCAUGUUAGAGAGAAUGAGCAAUUAUUCAUCAAUUGUUCUUGUUGUUUGGGUCAAAAGGUUCACAUCACUCCAUGGGCACCCAUGCAUCACUCCAUUUUAUGUGGCUAUAAAGUGUUAAACCCAAAGUUUUGUUUUAUGAUUUACUAUAUUACUGGAAUAGACUUUUUACAAUGUCUUUAUAUUUGUACAGAUCCAAGAUAAGGAGCCAGAUGGUGAGGAGGCUGCUGCAGCUGUACUAACUGAAGAGGGUUCUGAAGAGGAUGAAGCUGAUAACAGUGAAAGAGACCCAGUUGGUAUGGGUUACUAUUCUUUUUGAACAUCAUUUUGUAGGCAAGUGAUUAACUGGAAUUGAAAACAUGUCAAAUUUUUUUUAUACUUCAACACAUAAAUGGUGAUCAUAGUUUAUGCAGAGUUGAUCUCUUAAAAUUAAAUAUAUUUGUUUUUGUUUUUUUGGUGGUAGGUUAAAAAUGGAAACAAUAUGUAGCUUUUACUUGAUCCUAAUUGUGAAUUAAGAAUAAAAAUAUGAUUACGAUGGAAAUUAAACUGUUAUCAGUAUGGCACAUUAGGUUCACAUAUUGCUUAAAUUAAUCUCUAAAAUAGUACUAUUAAAUUUAUGCUACAUUCAUGGUCAUCUUUUAUUUAUUGCUGAGCUUUAGAGGUCAUUCAUUUUCAUUUAGAUUGCAAGCUAUCUCAGUAUUAUGAGAAUUUUAAUUAUUAUAAUUAAAAACUAAGUCUAAUUCUGGACAUUUGCAAGAAUGGGGGGUCAGCAACGUAUGGAACGCAAGCAAGAAUGAGGGUCAGCAACCUAUGGAAUGCAAGCAAGAAUGGGGGUCAGCAACCUGUGGAAUGCAAGCAAGAAUGGGGGUCAGCAACCUAUGGAAUGCAAGCAAGAAUGGGAGGAGGAAACUUGUAGGCGUCCACAGGGGGUUUUGCCUCUUCGUGGCAUGGCAGACUAGUAGGGAAGUUUCCUCCCAAAGCUAAAAACCCUGGCCACUGCAUGACUCCCAACGCAACGGGAGGAACGUAAUAACAUGAUUACUUGUUGCCAAUAAUGGAUAUGAGGCCUGUGUGGCGGUCAAAACCCUUGCCGAUGAUUUUAGCUACGCGGCCCUGAUAAAGCCGCUCUUAGGCGAACGUUUCGUCCCCGCUUACGCCCCGACCGGACAACUCCCUGGACGGUGGGAGGAGGUAACACAACCCCAUUUUCGGAGACGAAGCAAAGCCAUUCAGACCCAAGGAGAGUGGACCGCGAACGCUUUAAACGCAGCGUUUUCAGUCGACCGGAUAUCCCCCAGGCCAGUGGGGAGGUUCCCAACGUGCUUCCACACGGUCUGGCAACGGGGAGACCUGGCGUUGGCCUGUGAGGGUGGGGGUAUUUAGAGCCCCCACUCGACGACCCACCGACGCCAUCUCCAAUGCGUCGUUAAUACUUAUAUUGAAAUAUAUUUUACUAAAUAUUAUUUGAAAUUUUCUCACAUUUCAGUAAUAUGCAAACAAUAUUUGGUUCAGCUCAAAAUAAUAAGAUAGUAUCAAAUGCUUUUAAACUUUUUUAAUAAGUGCCAUUUUAAUUAAAGAUUUUAAAAUUUUCCAGCUGAAAUGGAUGAGCUCCUAGGUUUCUGCUUUGCUUGUGCAAUAAAAUCAAAAGUAAAGAAAAGUGAUUUGCCUCUUUUGACUGGCAACAUUCUCCGCAACUUUAUGCAGCCAUUUAGGUACCUGGAACCUAAUAACAUUUUUAGGUUUACUUUUAUGUUUUACUCCAAAAGGAAAAGCUAUAAUUUUUGCAAUAAGGAAGAACUAUUUCUUUAAAAUUAAAUGAAUUUUGAAUUUUUGCUUUAUACUAAUCACUUCAGUACACAACCGUGCUUCAAUAUACACCAAUAAUUUAAAAUACAAGCAUGUUCUAAAAUGUUGAAGAAAUUUGUUGCACUGUAUUAAAAAUUUCUCUGGAGAUCCGGUCCAUCUAAAAAAAUUAUUCUAUGAAAGUUUCAUAAUUUAUUUUUAUCUAUUCUAAAACAUUUCAAGUGGAGGUAAACAGCUAGAUUUGAAAAAGUCUUCUUACAAAAAGGUGAGUUUCUUUGUAAAUACGCAAUGGCAUUUUUUUAGUACCAUGAAAUAAUUUACACAGUUUCUUCUUGUGUACGGUAUGUUUUAAAUUUUAAAAUGUAUUUAAUUUUAUCAGACAUGAAUACGAAAUGUUUUGACCUAAGACUCGCCAACUGUUUUUAAUGCUUGUAAAAAAUUGCAGUUUUACUUAACCUCUACAGUUGUCAAAGUUUCUACAAGCAAAAGUGAAAGAAGGUUUCAUCACCAUCAAAGAGCAGAGUAAAGGUGUUGAUGUCAUCACUGACAUUGAUAAGUCACAUCCAGCGUGAGUAAAGGUGUUGAUGUCAUUUUAACAUUGAUAAGUCACAUCCAGCGUGAGUAAAGGUGUUGAUGUCAUUCUGACAUUGAUAAGUCACAUCCAUCGUGAGUAAAGGUGUUGAUGUCAUUCUGACAUUGAUAAGUCACAUCCAGCGUGAGUAAAUUAUUCUCCUCCAUGUUCAGCCUUACCUACUAAUUAUCAACUUGAUGACUUAUAAAAAGAGUGUUUGCUUAAUUAAGCAAGGGCUCUUUACCUGGGACCCCCACCCUAUCAGGGCCAGGCCCAUCUAAAAUACUGACAAAGCAGGCAUCCUGAAUCUCAGAGUUGAGCACUGGACCCAACUUUGGGGACAAGUGGAAAGUGCUGGUGGAGACUGUUUGAAAAAAAUCACAACAAAUGAAAAAGUCCGAACAAGAUAAAUUGCCAUUGCAUCUGGAGGUUCAAGGACCAUUAGCAAAGAUAGAUAAGAUUCUUGUAUUGUUCUAAAUAAUUGGAAAUGUGUUUUGAAUACAUUAUAGAGAUCCGUUUUCAGCAUAUAUAUAAACAUUCUGAUUAAGAUGACAAUUUUAAACAAGAAAAAUUUAAGCAUAAGACAUUUGAAUAAGGUUACCAUUUAUUUCAAAUUUAAAACCAGAACAUUUAAAAUCAUGUUAGCACCAACAAGAGUAACCGAAAAUAAUCUGUUCUCUAUGGUUCAAAAGAUAACUCUUGUCUGUGAAGUGUUCUUUUGAAAAAAAAAAUUAUCCAAUCCUGAUGCUAAUUUUGAUGAAUAAUAACUUUUUUGUUGUUUAUUUGUUUAUGCCUAGCUAUCAGAUGUACUCGGUCUUUUGUUAAAUUUAAAAAAAAAUGUUGUAGUCCUUAACUGUUGAGGUUGCAACUCACAACUAAUCAGUUCAAAUGUACAAAGCCAGAACGAUACUUGUAAAAACAGUAGAAAAUGUCACCUUCCAUUUUAUUGAUCGUGUGCAAAACAUCAAGCCAUAAGCCCUCACUCCCUUAAAAUGACAUGAUGACUUUUACUUUAAGAGGGAUGAUUGGAUGAAAUAGCUGGCGGGGGGGUGGUGGUGUGUGUGUGUGAUAGCACUGGUAAAUUUUGACUCAAAAGAUACAAGGUCUCAUGUGGUGCAGCUGUAUCAAAAUACUAUUUUUGUUAUGCAGACUGCGAGAGGUGCAAGUGCCAGAAGUUCAAGAAAUAGCAGAAGCAGCCAAACCUCAAGCCAGUGAAGAGGAAACAUAUCAACCAUUGACCUUCACAGAUGUUUAUUUGGUCAAUGCAGCCACUCAUGACCUCUUCAAAGAGUCUGGGAUAGCGUAUGUAUACAAAUAAAAAGCUUUCUGAAUCACUUACAUCUUUCUCCUGUAUUAUCUUUUACAAUAAUUCACUCACUAUGUAUUUUGUUGUCAUGUGCAAGUACGGUGGUCAGUCAUUUUUCUUUUUUAAAAUUUGUGACUUAUCAAUGACAUUUAAACAGUCCACCCUGCGGUAACCAUAAUAUUUUCUAAAGGGAUGACAAUAGCUCAUCACUCAAAAAAGGUUGCCGACCCCCUGACCUAGUGCAUUCAAUCUGCGUGCAUUUUGUUUGCCUUUAAAGCAGGACCCCCUGACCUAGUGCAUUCAAUCUGCGUGCAUUUUGUUUGCCUCUAAAGCAGGACCCCCUGACCUAGUGCAUUCAAUCUGCGUGCAUUUUGUUUGCCUCUAAAGCAGGACCCCCUGACCUAGUGCAUUCAAUCUGCAUGCAUUUUGUUUGCCUCUAAAGCAGGACCCCCUGACCUAGUGCAUUCAACCUGCAUGCAUUUUGUUUGCCUCUAAAGCAGGGCUGUUGGCUUUAAGUUCAAUUUUUGGGUCCUAAUGAACAAAAACAUUUUUUUUCCUAGUUUGUCUUGUUGCAUUAUCUCUGACUCAAAUCCAUGGGGCAGUAAGCUGGUUUACACUACAACACUGGCCUAUCUUGUGUGGGUACUUGUACACUACAACACUGGCCUAUCUUGUGUGGGUACUUGUACACUACAACACUGGCCUAUCUUGUGUGGGUACUUCUACACUACAAUAGUGGCAGAUCUUGUGUGGAUACUUUUACACUACAACACUGGCCUAUCUUGUGUGGGUACAUGUACACUACAACACUGGCCUAUCUUGUGUGGGUACUUCUACACUACAAUAGUGGCAGAUCUUGUGUAGGUACUUUUACACUACAACACAGGCCUAUCUUGUGUGGGUACUUUUACACUACAACACUGGCUUAUCUUGCAUGGGUACCUUUUCACCCACCAAAUGAGAAUCAAAUUUGGUUUUUCCAAAAUGCAACUCUAGUAAUGUUUGCUAAUGAUUCUUCUUCAGUACCUACUGGAUCAGCCACAUUUUGAAUUCUAAAUUCAUUACCUCAGAUUGGGAAAUAAACUAACUGAUGUUUCUGACCAAUGUUGGCUGGCAAAUUCUCUCAAAUAUUUACCAAUUCCUCCAUUUUUUCCACUUUUACCCAAAACUCUUAUAACUUCAAUUCUUUUUCUGCUACUGCACUUAAGAUUACAGACUGUCAAUAUUGAUUUUUUUUUAAAAUUUAAGUCAGCUAAUUGAAAAACAUCAAAUAAAGCAUAAAAAUGUUAGGAGAACAAAAUUAUUAAUAAACCAAGCUUUGCUAACAUUCCAGUUGUUUUAUGAAAUUUUGUGUCCUGUUUUUUAGCAAAGGUCAAGCCUUGUUGAUAUCUGAUGUACGCCACCAUGUCACCAACUACAUCAAAACCAACAAUCUCCAACAAGCUAAUCCCAAGUCAGAAGCUUUUAAAGAAACUGUUGAUUUAAAAAUACAUUUUUACAUAAAUUAUAAUUUUAAAAACUUGUUGAGCUGUAUAAACUAUAAAAAUAUGCUAAAAAUUAACAUUAAUAAAUUGAAGAAUAUAUUGGAAUAUUGUUACCACGUUAAAAAGAAAUCAUUUUAUGUAGAAAAUUAUGACAUCAGCCUGAACAUGGUUCCCAAAAUAUCCCCAAUGGCUCUUCACAUGGGCACCACUAAAUGUUAAACAAUUUUAUUUCCACUUUUAAUUUAAGGGGACAGAACACUACAUCUAGUGGCCUUGGUGCAGACCUGUCACUCACUUCAGUAAUAACUAUUGCAGAAGCUCUUACAAGUGGUUAUUGCAUGGCACUUAGUGACCUUCAUAUUAUUUUUAUUUUAUUUUACACAACCCUUAGAUUUGAAAAAAAGAAUAUUUGCUAUCUCAAAGUGUAGUUGGUAGAGUUUGUCAUAAGGCACCAGGGGAACACAAGAAGGUCACCAACAAUUAACAAAAUUUUAGGAGCCUCUGGCGUAGCCAAACAAAAUAAUUAUGUUACAGAAUAUUACAAAAAUAAACAGUGGACUAAAUAUUAGUGUUUUCACCCCAGUCCCCCAUCUGCAACCAUUUAUAAAAUCUCCAAAAUAUAUUGGAUUUGAGAUGAAGAAAUUUAAAAAAAUCAUGGGUCUGUUUUUUGUUUUUCCUUAGAAUGGUGACAUUAGACCCAAUUCUAGCUCAUGCCAUAUUAAAGCCAGCUGAAGGUGACUUGGAUCACAUGAACUGGGAACAGGUCAUCAACAGGUAAAGAUUCAAGUACCACAACUGUUAUUCUGGACUUGGUCUUGAUUGCAGUCUUAACACUUUAUAAAGUUUAUAUCUAAACAAUGCUGAUCCGUGAUGACCAAUUUUAACAUUUAUUUCCACACAACACUGAUUGGUGACAAUAUAACAUAACAAGAAAAAUUCAUGAGUAAUCUCCCCUUAACUGCACCUGUACUCUUAUAAUGUUUACACCCUUGACCAAACGGAUUAAUCCCUCAUGAAAAUAUCUCGUUUAAAGUCUGAUUUUUAUCAAAGAUUUGAGUUUUUGACAUCGAGCAAUAGUCAUUUGACAUAACUAGGAUAUGUUACGUGGUAUCUACAGCCAAUGUAUUUUUGACAUAUGGGAUAAAAACAACAACCUUACCACAGACAUUUACUCUCACCAUUUUUGCAUACAGUGCACAAUUUUGAGAUGUCUCAAACGAUUGUACGCCGAGACCUGUCAGAACUGUCAGAUAACAAGACCAUAUAAAAAAAUAUUCCGGUGGCUUUUAUGAUUUAACAAAGCAAGAACGUUUGAGCUGCUUUCUUUAGUCAGCAGUGAAUGGACAGAGAUAUACGAUUGGUUAUGGACAGUCCAUAAUUAUAUUACAUAUGCACUGAGAUAAAGAACACAGCCAUGUAAUAUUUAGCAUAUUCGCCCUAGUGAAAAAUUUAGUAAGCAUUCGCUUUUGUUUGCUUCGCUCCUGUAUGGCAUAAUUUUGUGACAUAAUAAUUUUGUUAUUCAGCUGACCAGCUGUCUGGAUUGCGCAAAUGGAGAAAAUUAUGGAUUUUUUUUUUAAAAUGCAUUCUUAACUGCUCCACACAGUAAUGUUGUGUUCUGACGUAUGUUAUAAGAUCUAGUAAGCGGCAUUUGAAAUCUUUUUUGUUGUCACUAAGCAGCUGUAAAAUCUUAUUAGGCCAGCACUUCUCUUCCCUUCUCCCAAUACAGCUUGCUAUGGUUAUCAGGCUCCUAGCUUAUUGCAGUGGUGACCAACCUGGGGCCCGGCAAGUUAAAUAUUGUGGCCUGCCAGAUGUAUGACAAAUGACCUUAUUUCUUUAUUCAAUUAGCAAUCAUUUAAUUUUUGACAUAAACGCACAUUUGAAAUAUAAAUAAUUCAUUUUUUGUGUGGUAUUCACCAUUUUGGUGGACCUUACCCUUUUUUUGGACUGAUUUUAAAAGAUUGAAAUAAGUUAAAAAUAUCAAAAACAUUUUUUGCUAUUUAUUAACUACUAAAACCACACAAAAAAGAUUUAAUUAAACACAGCUACGUAAGGGGAACCUAAAUUUUCACAAGCGCUACGAUUAAGUGUAGAAUGAUGCAAAACUAUUUUCAGGUAUAUGCAAAAGUGCAUCCAUGCAUUUUGAAUUGAUAAAAAAAAUUCUGAAAGAGUGCUCAGCCUCCUCCCUAGACACCAGCCCACUUUUGCUCGGAUACCACUUCAUCUGGCGUCCUCAAUGUCCACUCCCCCGCCACAUCUUUGUCUAUCAAAGUGGCAAGUGAUGGGCGCCUUUUUAUUUGCAGUGUAUCAACAUCAGUCGUCUUCUUUUAGGAGUCACCUUUGUUAGACAGGCAAUGCAAUUAGUUGUUGUAAACAUUAUACUGUAGAUACAUUUAUUUACUAUAACAAUACGGUAUUGUACAAUUUUGAGAUGGUGGAGUACCAUUCUGAGACUAUAUUGGGAGUUCGAGUGUAACCAGAUCUGUAGUCAUUGCAACAAUGUUGACUCUACUGUUACAGUCUCCAUUAUGGAAUUAUUCUUGUACACAUGUCUGUUUGUGGUACUGGUUAUUGUGCGGUUACAUUCAUGACAAAUUAAUUUUGGUGCUUCUUUUAAAAAUGAUGAGCUUGUUUGGGUUAUAAAGUAUUUUAAAAAUGUUCUUUUCCAAGAGUCGUUGGUAAGAUGCAGGCUGCCAUUGCCAUCAGCUCGGGUUCUGGACCCCCGACAAUCAAAAAGACCAAAUUGGAACCUAUCAAGCUUGAGGUGGUGAUGAGGGCAUCAUCAAAAAAGGUACUGUCUUUUUAUAAAGAGUAUAAGUCCGUUGCCUUUCAAUGUCCAUAUCAAUUUGUUAGACGUGAAAGAAAUAAUUUACCAUGCCUUUGAACUCUGAGGACAUUAAUCACAACAGAUGAAAAGUUGUCUGGAAUCUACAGUAAAAUGAUGCUCAAUCCUGCACACACAAAAGUAGUGAGUUCAUGUAUUCAUCAUUUAUUGUUUUGUGUAUUUCGAGAACCUUAAUGGUGAUAAUAACAAUAAUGUACUUGACAUUGUAAGGACAUUGGAGAUGGUAUACAAUAAUCUACUUGCAUAGUGUACAAUGGAAAGGGUAUACAAUAAACUACUUGAAAAGUGUACAUUGAAGACAGUAUACAAUGUACUAUGGUAACGCUAUGUUAAUAACGUUUAUAAAUUCUUGUGGUGUCAUCCCUGAUCUGUGCAGAUAGUUGGGUGGGAUAGACCCAGCAGGCAGAUGAGGUGUGAUCCGCUGCUCAGGGCAGAUAGUUGGGUGGGAUAGACCAAGCAGGCAGAUGAGGUGUGAUCCGCUGCUCAGGGCAGAUAGUUGAGAAGGAUAGACCAAGCAGGCAGAUGAGGUGUGAUCCACUGCUCAGGGCAGAUAGUUGAGUAGGAUAGACCAAGCAGGCAGAUGAGGUGUGAUCCGCUGCUCAGGGCAGAUAGUUGGGUGGGAUAGACCCAGCAGGCAGAUGAGGUGUGAUCCGCUGCUCAGGGCAGAUAGUUGGGUGGGAUAGACCAAGCAGGCAGAUGAGGUGUGAUCCGCUGCUCAGGGCAGAUAGUUGGGUGGGAUAGACCCAGCAGGCAGUUUAGACAUCUAUUCUUGGGUUGGUAAAGGACACAUGGGUUGCCUAUGGUCAAUGCUGCUCUGAAAAGUAGAGAAAUACAAUAUACCAAUGAGACCAAAUCUGAUGGUUAGAGCAAGUGUGACUCUGAGUCUGUGGACUUUGAGACUGGUGUAUCAUCUUUUCUGAGUCUGUGGACUUUGAGAAUGGUGUAUCAUCUUUUCUGAGUCUGUGGACUUUGAGAAUGGUGUAUCAUCUUUUCUGAGUCUGUGGACUUUGAGAAUGGUGUAUCAUCUUUUCUGAGUCUGUGGACUUUGAGAAUGGUGUAUCAUCUUUUCUGAGUCUGUGGACUUUGAGAAUGGUGUAUCAUCUUUUCUGAGUCACAUUAGAGUUUCAACAUUUUCAAAAUGUAGUGGAAAUUCAUUUCCUAUCUUGUGAUCGUAGUUUUAUGGCCUUGAUUCAUUCUUAAACAUAUCACCAAUCUACAGGUGACUAUUGUGGACAACUUGGAAGAAUACGGCAUAGACAUUCGGCUUUUCUCACGAAUAGUACAAAAAUCAGUGGCAUGCAGUUGUACAGUGGCCCAGCCAGAGCAGAAGAAUAAAGGUCCUCAGGUUUUAGUCCAGGGGAAUCAAAUUAACUUUGUCUAUAAUUUACUUACAGGUAAGACAAAAAUAGUUGAUCUAGUGGACAUGCCGUUAAAGUUGAUGAAUGAAGCACACCAGUUUUUUGUUUAUAUCCAAUAUUCAAUUAGUGGUUGUUUUUUGUGUGGUUUUCUUUUGUUUGUGGUUUGUUUUGUGGGUCAGCUGUGAGUGUUUUCAACAUUGUCAUCUCAUGCCAGGUGCAUUGACGUGUGCAGACAAAGCUAACGUUUUGUGAACAUUUAUGUUUGCUGUAUUUUUAUGGUAAAUUAUUUCAAUACGGUACUAUUAUUAUUAAAAGUUGACAAUAGAAUUGAGAUGGUGACAUAUGAUGCUGAAUAUCACUGACGAUAUCACUGACAUUAUCACUGACAAUAUCAACGAUGAUAUCACUGAAAAUAUCACCGACAUUUUCACUGACAUGUAAUUUAAUGUACCUGUACUGGUAAUGAUGCCUGAUUUCUUUUCAGAAAAAUAUAAAAUUCCAAAGAGAUACGUUACAGGCUUGGAAAAUGCCCCUAAACAAAAGAAAAGAUGAUGUGGACUGAAGUCUUAUGAUUAAACAUGAACUGUUUGAAAGUGAUUGUUUUUUUUGAGUCAGUAAACAAUUGUUAGCACUGUUUCUUCUCACAAUUUUUGUGUAAAAAUGACUUUGAAAAUAGCAUUUUUUAUU